GUACAUAACCUCAAAAAGGGAAAGCCAAACAAAUCAGUGUAAAUGUAAACAUUGCACAAUUUGUAAAGGAAUCUCAGAAAGUUUACCAUAAAAUUGAGUGAAAAGUUGUGCAUUUUUUGGUAUUACUCCAAAUUUUAAUGAUUCAUUAGAAAUUUGACAAAGGAGAUAGAGUAUUUUACAAGUUUAAACCGAGACAACAAUAACCUUCUGGUGAGCCAAAGAUGCGGCCAGAAUUGGAGUGUUUUAAUCUCAAGCACAGAGUAUUCCUCGUGAAAAACUACUAUCAAUACAUGGGGGACUACUUGUGUGUGAAGACCAAGUACGAGGAUCAAUAUAAAGAUAGCAUUGAAUUUCCCUCCUUCUCAUAUGACAUUCUGAUGGAGAUCAUAAGUCUCUUUGAGCGAACUGGAAGCGUUAUGAAAACACAGGAGAGACUUCCCACCGCCACAGACAGUGGAAGUAAACCUAUCGAGCGAAUCUUCGUGAAGCAAGAGGAUGAACUCCAUGUUAUUGAAGAGCAAGACACCUUGAGGAUCGCAUCGACAAAUAAUGUUCAAACGGAAAAGGUCAAAGAUGCCACAGAGGAUGCCAUGCUGUCGGAUGCAGAAAAUCCUUUUUCAGAAGAUGAAGACUCUAAUUCUAUGAAAACUAACCAGUCCGGAAAACAUUCUUGCACUUUAUGCAAAGAAUCAUUCAGUGAAUUUUCGGAUUUGAAGAAGCAUCAAAUAAAAAUGCAUGCAAUUGAAAAUGAAACAUCGGUUAAAGUACAAGAUGAUGAAAAGGGAAAGGAAAGGAGAAAAGCAACUCAGAUAACACGUCCACUUUCGAAAGAUUCCUGUACUAAAGAAACAUCGAUGGAUUCCGCUUCGGCACUCCAAAAUACUUCGAUCUCCGAUCUGGGAUUUCUACAGCUAGACCAGUCAGAUGAUACCCACCAUUCCUUGAUAGGAAGUGCAGUAACAGUUUCCCUUGAUCCCUACUAUGACAGAAAAUUCAAUGAGAUCACUAGAAAAUUGGAUCAAUUGCUGAAAUUGCAAAAAGGCAAUGUGGACCUCACAGGCAAUGAUUCUGGUGUUGAUUUAAACAUCACUUUUCCUGUUAGAACAAAGGAAGAGCUUGUUAUCAUCAACAAGAAUUUGGCCGAAGAUGAAUACAGAGCGAGUUUUGUGAGAGAACUCAGCAAAGUAAAUGGAGUUUCUGGCACCUGUGAUGGCAAUAAAGCCGCCUAUAGGCUAUGCGAUUAUAUUUUUAACCCCUAUCUUUUAAGUCUUUACAACUGGACAGGAUCGUCCAAGUCUGGAAUUGCUAAAGAAUGUUUCAAUCAAUACACAAAUUUAAUCGAUGUCUUUGGGCAGAUUAUAAUGCUAGCAGAUAACAGAUAUUCAAUAGCUGAAAAUGAGAAAUUUUUCAAAGAUAAAAUUCUGAAAUACAGUGUAAUGAGGUCCAAGAGAAAAAGGUUGCAUUAAUGGAGCAUUUUUAUAGUUAUAAGUAUUAUUGAGCCUCAAUCUCUCUUUUUUUAUUAAGUAAUUCAACUUAAAAAGCUAUGGUAAAGUAAAUAUUAAAGAAACUUAAAUUUUAAUUUGGAUUGAUCAAUUUUUGUUCUGUAAUUUGUCAUAAAAAACAUAAAUGACGAUCCUUAAAAUUUUAUAUAAAUCGAAUUCUAACUAAAGUAGUUCAAUAUCCAAAUUAAAGAAGUAAGGGAAAGCUCCGUUGCCUUCGGACGACUCAAGCUUCGACCAAUUUAAUUUGGUUUUUUUUUUAAUGAAUUUGACCUGUUUAUUAUAUUUAAACAUCUAGUCUUCUAGUCAAAAGCCUCAAGUCUUCUGAAAAGAACCGUGGAUAAAAUUCAUUAAGAGCAUAGAAAAAAAAUUGAGUUGUCCAAAGUUUGAGUCGUCCGAAGGUAGCGCACUUUCCACUGUAGAUCUAUUUUCUAAAAAAAUGGUUGCAAUAUAGGAUUUGUAAGUAAUUUACGCGGUUAAGUUCAAUCAAUGUAAUGUUAAUUUUACAUAUUAUUAAUAAAAAUAUAAAUUGAGAAAUUAAAA